AUGGAGGCUGCGCGUAAAGAUUCACGCACAUUGAGCUGUCAGCAAGCACAGCUACUGUCUCACGAAGCUCCGGAGCAAGCGAACGUUGUCACCUCGGGGAAAAAUGAUAGCUGUUGUUUCCGUUGCGGGGGAGGUCAUUCUGCGCGUCGGUGUAAGCACGGCAGCACGAUCUGUCACAACUGCCGCCAAAAAGGGCACCUUGCAAGAGUUUGCAGAGUUCAGCCGGGAAGUAGAAAAUUCGACCGGAGCCAGUCUAGUCGCGUGAACAACCUGGGCGACCUGCCCGUCUCUGCUGAAGAGCCCGAAGUUUUCGACUUGUGGACGCUUCACACGGCUAGUUCGGAGCCAAUGCGCAUAGCGGUUGAAGUUAAUGGCAUAAUGCUCGAUAUGGAGUUGGACACCGGCACUAGUGUAUUGACCAUUGAUGAUGGCAAGUUUGCCGAGCUUUUUCCGUCGGUGCCGUUGGAGCCAUCCAGUGUGCAGCUGAGAAGUUUUUUCGGCGACAUGAAACGCGUCCAGGGAAAGCUGGAAGCAAUGGUCAAACUUGGCGACAAGGAGCGCCAGCUACCACUAUUUGUCGUGAAAGGGGCGUGUCCUACGCUGUUUGGACGAAGCUGGAUGAAGGCUUUCAAGCUAGGCAUCGCUCAGACGGAGGGAGUCAACGUCGUGAAGUCUACGAAAGACCUGGUAAGCCGAUAUCACGAAGUUUUUUCGGAGCAGCUUGGCACGUUUCACGGCGUUACAGCGUCUAUAUCCGUACAAAAGGGGGCGAAGCCACGUUUUGUCAAGGCACGUCCGAUACCAUUUGCUUUGCGCGAUAGGGUUUUUGAAGAACUACAGAGGAUGGAACGGGGAGGCGUUAUCAAACCGGUGAAAACUUCCCAGUGGGUCGCGCCCAUCGUUCCUGUAUUGAAGUGCGACGGCCGGGUUUGGGUCUGCGGCAAUUUUAAGACUACCAUAAACGCGGUGACAGUCGUCGAGUCCUACCCUAUUCCUAGGAUUGAGGAACUUUUUGCGCGACUUACAGGGGGCAAGAAGUUCACAAAGCUUGACUUGCAAGAUGCCUACCAGCAGGUUCCACUCGAUAAGGAGUGCCAAGAGCUAGUCACCAUUAACACUCCCAAGGGGUUAUACCAAUUCACAAGGCUGCCGUUCGGGGUUUCAUCAGCUCCGGCUAUAUUUCAGCGAGAGAUGGAAAAUCUGUUGCACGACCUUGACCAUGUCGUAGUGUACUUUGAUGAUAUUCUGGUCACAGGAACCAGUGACAAAGAGCAUUGGGAAAAUUUGGGCCGAGUGUUGCGUCGCCUGAAGACCGCGGGACUGCGACUGAAGUUAUCCAAAUGCGAAUUCAUGAAACCAGAAGUCCAGUACUUGGGCCAUAUCAAUAGUGCGGCUGGGCUGCGUCCAAACCCGGCUAAGACUGAAGCAGUGCUGGAAGCCUCCGCACCCCGAGCGGUCAAGGAACUUCAGAGUUACCUCGGUAUGUUCGCAAACCAAGGCCUUCCAGAUGUGGUCGUGUCGGAUAAUGGGCCAGCAUUUACCAGUGAGCUUUACUCCACAUUCCUCAAGAAAAACGGGGUGAGGUCAACGCCUCACGAGGUCACGGGUUGCUGUCCGUCGGAGCUGUUGUUGGGGCGGAAGCUGAGGACUGCGUUGGACCUGCUACACCCAGACCUCAGGACCAAGGUGCUACAGAAGCAACUUAAGCAGAAAAUCAGAUGCGACCAAGGAACAAGACCGAGGGUUUUGGGCCACCCGGGUGACCAGGUAUUCGCAAGGAACUUCCGUCCAGGACCUGCGUGGCUCCCUGCAGUCGUCACCGAACAACGCACUUCGUCGAUGGAUGUUCUACUGGAAGACGGACGACGGUUAACUCGACAUCUGGAUCACAUCCGCCAGGCCCCUGAGGAACUGAGUGCAGACAACCAAAAAUAA